UACAGGAGUGAGCCACCACACACAGCCUUUUCUUUUUACCGCCCUUUCCGUUCAUUUAUUUCUUUCUCCAUCCUUCCUUUUGUGGCUUGCUUAUUUAUACCUGAAUUUAGGUACCCCGGAAACACUGCACGACUUGACUUGUAUAUUUCACAGUUAAACGGUUAUUUAAUCUGCGAGGGGGAGUGGAAGGACAAGACAAUUCUCCCAGUACAGAACACAAAUGUGUGUUCUAAAUUGUAACGGUCUGGGAGUAGAGCGUUGAGACUGACAGGAUCGGAAAUCCCUCGUAGAAGGAGGACGCAGCGUCUGGUGGGUUGGGCUUGUGCCCCGGCUUCUAUUCGCGCUUCGGAGCCCGCGCUUGGAAGGCGGAACUCCAGGGAGUAGGGCGAUUGGGGCGUGUCCGGAUCUCGGUGCCAGGAGCACGGCUGAGCGAGGACUACAACUCCCGACGUGCAUGGCAGCCAAAGCAGGUUCUACUCUGGCUCCAAGCCUUCUUUCAUUCCAUUUCUUAAGACGGACACUGAUGUCACGGGUGUGCGUAUAGUCAUUACAGGGAACAUCCAAGCUUGUCUGGUGACGCAGGGGCCGGGAAGAGUUUCUGAAUGCCCCAUUCUGAGGCCUUGCGGAACUUUCUGCUCCACUGGACGAGUUUCCGGGAUUAUUAAUAGUGGACGGACUCCGUGGCGCGGCAGUUUAAUUUUCCGGCGGCGGCAGAUAAGCGGACGAGAUGGUUCUGACAGUGCUCAUCAGGAAACUCGGUCACCAGCUGACUGAGAUCAGGGAACGCGCCCUCAAGAGUAUUCUCUGCAAGAUUGAGCACAACUUAAUCUGCCACGCUGAUCUAAUUCAAGAAAGGCUGCUCUUUCUCCACCUGCUAGAAUGGUUCAAUUUUCCAUCCGUCCCAAUGAAAGAGGAGGUUCUGAACCUGUUGAACAGAUUGGUUAAGUAUCCUCCAGCAGUCCAGCAUUUGACUGACCUUGGUGCUGUAGAAUUCUUUUCUAAGCUUCGACCUAAUGUGGAGCCAGAUCUACAGGCUGAAAUUGAUGGCAUUCUAGAUGGACUUUUUGUGCUUCCUUUAGAAGCUCCUGCAGUGCAUUCUGUCUCUUACCAAAGCAAUCAGACUGAAUUGUCACAACCUGAAAUGGUAACAGGGUAUUUUCCCCAAGACAAAAGUAAUUUUCAGCAAAUGAAAGUGCCUCCUAAACCAGUCGUAAAUCAAACUACGAAGUGUUUGAAGUUUUCUACAUUUCCUUGGUUACCCCUGACAACUACAGACAGACAUGUUCUCUCUUCUAAUGAAAGCUCUUUAAGAAGUAGUAAUCACACUUUGAUCUGGAACACCUGUGAACUUUUGAAGGACGUUAUUAUGCAAGAUUUUCCUGCUGAGAUUUUCCUACAAAGGCCAAAAAUUGUUCAGAGCCUGUUGUCUCUGUUGAAACUGGCAUUUGAAGGAGAUGGAAAACAUCGCCUGGCUUUGCAGUCAGUGUCUUGCUUGCAGCAGCUGUGCACUUAUUUAAGAAAUAGACUUAACUUUCACCGAGAUCCAAAUUUUUUCUCUAAUAAACAAGACACAAUUUCCCAAAAUUCUUCUAUGUCUUAUUAUCAUGAAGCAAGAGCUACUCAUCAUUCUCACAAUCAGUCCCCAGGAAGCAGCAGCCCUCGGCCUUCUGUUAUUGGGCGCACAGGCCAGCGACCCAGAGGAGAUGGCCAGGAUUGGGAUGCAGUGACCUCAAGUGGAAGUAGUAGUCAUGCUCAUGUGAACUCUAGGAUAUCUGUCCAUUCACCUUUGGAUAUGGGACUCAUAGAUCUGCCAGAGCUGGAAACUGAAGACACUUUGGAACUACAGUUCCAGCAGCUGAGUCUUCCCCAGUUCUGUGUCUCCAUUCUGGAAUCAGCAGUUCCUCUCUUAAGAACAGGUAGUAGACAAAUGAUAAUAAGAGUUUUGGAAUUGCUUGCAGAGAAUAUGAUACUAAUUGAUGAAGCAAUUUCAGCUGAUAUUUGGGAUGACAGCAGCCUUUUUGCUAUAGAUAUGAAAGAGAAGCUGCUACUGGUGUUGGGGUCCUUUGGAGAAACUAUGUGUUACCAUAAAAGCAGUGUUGGUGUGGAACAACCAGAGGUAAUGUUAGUGCACCACAGAAUGGCCUUUGUCAGCAUUGCACUGUUUGCAGUUCGACUGUUACAAAUGCUUCUCCCUGUUGAAAAGGCAAGUGAGUUUUUACCAGAGCCUAUGUCAGCAGCAUUAUUUCUUCUUUCUUUGGACGUGUCUAUUUCUUUGGAAUAUCCAAAUAUACAUGAAACUGUUGUGGCCUAUUUGGAACAGCUGAAUUCUGAAAACUAUAAUAUUUAUAAACGAACUGCAGAGGCUGUUUAUUCAAUUGAAUGUGCCUGUAACUUCCUGUCUGAUGUUGGAAAAGAGGGAGAGAAGAAUCUUUUAGAAUUAGUGGAGCUUGCAGACCACGCCUUGCGUAGCUUUUCCUAUCAUCAGCAUUUUCCCCUAAUAAAGGAAAUCAUCUGCAUUUGUUCAAAGAUCUGGAAAUCUGCCCAGGCCAGUCCAUUACUACAAGGAGAAAGUCAGAAGGUACUUCUGCAUAUGUUGUCUCACCCACUGCCACAAGUGAAGAUUGAAACUUAUCACUGCUGUCUGGAAAUAGUUAAGGAAUGUUUAGGUGUUCAUAAUGUCACUGUACCUGUGUCUUCCCUUUGUAAUGGAAUCCAUUUCCUACUUCACCCAAAAGUUCUAUAUGAAAUCUCUGCAUUUGGUAUCCAAGAACCCAGAAAUGAGGUGAAUGCUGCUGCCAAGGCCAUUCUGUUGUAUCUGCUUCAGGGACGUUUGAUGAUGACAGCACUGACCUGGAACAAGUUUAUUGAGUCUCUGUGUCCAGUCAUUCCAGUACUACAGGGCUAUGCUGACCCAGAAGAUCCUUUGGGUAACUCCAUUCUCCUUUUAAGUGAAGCAAAUUCUGAGGCAGGGGAAGGGAUUCUUCCCUGUACAACACGGUUAAAGUUCAUGCUGCGACUUUUGCUAGUGAAAAAGCCAUCAGUCCGUUCACUAGCAUUAAAGCUUUUAGCAUUUCAUCUUACAAGUGAAGAAGGGGCUGAUACAAAGCGCCCCUUAAUAGAUGCCAGAGUUCUCUCCAGAGUUACUAAUUUAUUUAUUGUGAAAAAACCUGUUGAACUCAAAUUGGAUGACAGAAGAGAACUGGUUAUUAAGUUGGAGACUAUUGAAAAGGUAUAUGAAGUCUUCACCUCAGAUGAUGUUGAUCUUGCUUUGAGAAAGUCAGCCGCAGAACAGUUAGCUGUGAUUAUGCAAGAUAUUAAAAUGCAUGCUGUGGUGAAAAAGUUAUGCUUAACUGACAAGAUAAUUGAAUAUUUAAAUGAAUGUGUGGGUCAAGAUGGCAAGGUUAUAGAAUGUUUGAUUCAACCGUCCCUCACACUCUUGAGGAAGGUUUUAUGUGCAGAUCCACUCAUGCGUGUUUCCCUUUCACAGCAGUCUUCUCUCUUGACCCUGUUAUUCAGAGUUUCCUUAAUAUUUCAUGAAGAUUCUACUAUAGUGACUGAAGUUGGAGCACUGUUUUGUCUUCUCCUGUUUGAUGAAGUAUCAAGAAUGGAUAUGUGGUCGGUUAACACUUCCAGUAAACCUUCUUUACCAUCAGCCUUCAGUUUGCCUGUUUCAGUUUUUAGAAGGUAUCAUCUACCAGUACAUACACAUGGCCACCAUGCUGUGAGUCCUUACUCAAUAGUUUUGCCAUUAUCUGCUGAUUAUUUGACCUUGAAGCCCGUGUCAGAUAUGCUGAAAAUAGCUUGGAACUUGUCAUGGCAUCAUGGGAUUGACAAUCUGUUGAAGCAAAUGAACUCCGAAAAUAAAAUCCAAGAAUUUUCAGAUACAUUGAAGUUAUCCACAGUGGACAUCCUCACUCUGAAGAUAACACACACAGCUAGUGGGCUGCAGGACUGCUUCCACUCUAUUGUUCAGGCUGCAGCCCACAGGGAAGUUAGGGCUGCUGUCACUAGGAUGAGUUUUUAUCUUCUGAAUGACAAAUUGUCCUUAAAGGAUGGAACCAGCCCAUGUGGGGUUACCUUGAAGUCCUUGGCUUGGCACAGUGCACUAAACAGGUUUUUACAGGUGCUUCCUGCUUGCACUGAAGAUGAGAAACUGCUAAUAGAUAUUGUACAUUUUUUAAAGAAGUUAAUAAAAGAACAUAGAAAAAAUCCACCAGUUGAACUUCUAAACUGGAUUCUAGAAUUACUCCUUAGACAUAAUCCAAACCCCCUGUUAGACCUGCUGGUUCUGACAGAGUCACAGGCACGAGAAGAAACAGAUGACAUCCGGACUGCUGUCAGACAACAACUGCAAAAAGAACUGAUUGCUCUUUUCAAUACCUUACUGCUCAGUUUUAUGGCAGUUACUGACAGGAAAUGCUUGGAACUUCUUUAUGUCUUCCAAACCCAGCUGGGUCUAAAACUGCUCCAGUGUCUGAGGAUCACAGAUGCUCCUCAUUUCUAUGGGCUGCCUUCCCUGGAGCGGACUUUAAGGGGGAUGGCUCACCUCACUGCAUUUCCAGGAUGGAGUUCACAUUCUCCUUCUACAAAGCCACUUGAAAUUUGUGUGAAGUACUUGUCAGGACUUCUCGAGGUCAUUACUUCUUUUUACGUGGAGCGUGGAGGAAAUGCUAUGUCAUUCAUGGGAAAAGGUGUCACAAAGAGCACAAUUCUUUGCUUGCUUCACUUAUCCCAUGAGAUGAUGGCCCAGGCUCAGAGCUCGGAGUGGAUGUCUCUUUGGUUCUUGCCUUUAGGUAAUCAUAGCGAAGAACAUGCUCCUGAUCAACAAGGAUUGGCUUGGUUGAUUCCCUUAUGGGUUGAUCGGGACCCAGAGGUGAGAUUUACUUCUCUGGGAUUGGGAUCAGCACUGACUAUGCUUGAAGCUGGCUGUGUGGCGUUGGCAAACAGUUGUCAGAACAUUUCCGGUGGGCUCUGGGGAACUGUUGUGAACAUUCUGCUGGACCAGUCGGAAUGUAGCAUGGUGCGCCGGGAGGCUGCAUUUAUUCUUCAGAAUCUCCUUGUAAUUCCAAUGCCUACAGAAAUUAUGAAGGAUUUUACUUGGCAGGGCCCCUGUGUCCAUGAUGAGGAUUCUGGCCUAUCACUGAUAGGAAAACCUGCUCUCCAGGCUCUUUUAUACCACUGUCAUUUUUAUGAUCAUUUGAAUCAGAUGGUGAAAUGUUGUUACCUGGGACGGUAUAUGUUUGAUUUAAGGUUUUCUGCUUUUAAUGCAACUUCAGAAGCUAAUGAUUUAAAUGGUUUAGAUGACUCAUUCAAGUUUUGGAGGGCUCCAUCUAGGAUAUCCAACCAAGAUCAGGAUCCAAGUUCUCUCUCCACCUCAGAAACAAGGGUGACACCUUCAGUGGGGAGCGCUGAAUUUCAACCACUUGCGCCACCAACAGUGCUUCUCUCUGAAGCCUUGCAUGACCAAUUCGUGCCCCAAGGUCAGCAUGAAAUUGCAUCAUCACAGCCACCUCAUGAUUCAUCCCUGACUGCUCCCCUGCCCAAGCAACGUGUUUUUGUUACUCCAUCUCUUCUUUCAGCCAUCUGUAGCCUCCUAGACAACCUAUUGGUGAUUGCUCCCCAAGACACUGCAAAUGCUCUCCAACAAGCCCAACUCAUAGAGCUUCUCUGUAGCAUUGCAGAUGCCACCCUUUUAGAGACAUGUGUCUGGGAACUCAAGACCUCACUGCCUCCAUUACCUCCAGUUGAACAUACUCAGGCUCAGAUGUAGAGCUAAUAUCGGCUUUUUAUCACACAUGGACACAUUUACUUGAUCUUCUGGCCACACUCCUGAGGAAAGCUGCAGCUGUCUCUCUCCCUUCCAUUACCUCAGCUCUGGCCAAGCACUGGGCUGCAGUUAUUGAUAUGUUCUGCAAAUGUGUGGGCUCAUCAGUCAGGUAUCCUGCUCUUUAUACUGCUAGUCUUCAGUUCCUGGCUGUUCUUCUGACUGAGGAAGCAAAAAUGAAUUUCCAGGACAAGAACAAAACAUAUUUAGGCCAUAGUCCAACAAUGGUUUUGCUUCUUGAUGAAAUCCAGGAAAAUCAGAAAUCAUCAGAACAACUUAAUGAAGUAAUUCUUCAGUGCUAUGAAGGAAAAUCCUCCAAAGAUAUCCUGAAAAGAGUUGCUGCAAAUGCAUUAAUGUCACUUCUGGCCAUCAGCAGAAGAGCACAGAAACAUGCUUUGAAAGCUGACCUCAUAGACAACUGUAUGGAACAGAUGAAAUACAUCCAUGCACAACUGAAUCUCGAUUCUCUAAGGCCUGGGAAGGCAGCACUGAAAAAGAAGGAGGAUGGUUUUACUAAAGAGUUAAGCAUCACUAUGCAGCUUCUAAGAAACUGUCUUUAUCAAAAUAAAGAAUGUAAAGAAGCUGCUCUUGGAGCUCAGCUUGUCCCGGUCUUGCACUCUCUCUGGCCUUGGCUUUUAAUGGAUGAUUCAUUGUUGCAAAUUGCCUUGCAGCUACUUUGUGUCUACACUGCGAAUUUUCCAAAUGGUUGCAGUUCUCUUUGUUGGUCAAGUUAUGGACAACAUCCUGUUCAAGCUACGCACAGAGGAGUCCCCAGCAACUCUGUCAUGCUCUGUACCCUAAAGCUGGCUUCUCAAAUGCCCCUUGAGAACACUGCUCUACAGCAGAUGGUUUUUAUGUUUCUUUCAAACCUGGCCUUGUCUCAUGACUGUAAGGGAGUAAUUCAAAAGAGUAACUUCUUACAGAACUUUAUGUCUCUAUCAUUGCCAAAAGGAGGAAAUAAACAUCUCAGUAAUCUGACCAUUCUUUGGUUGAAGUUACUCCUGAAUUUAUCAUUUGGAGAAGAUGGGCAACAAAUGAUACUGAGGCUUGAUGGCUGUUUAGACUUACUUACAGAGAUAAGCAAAUACAAGCAUAAGAGCAGCCCUUACAUACCUCUUCUUAUUUUUCAUAAUAUUUGCUUCAGUCCUGCUAAUAAGCCCAAAAUCCUGGCUAAUGAAAAAGUCAUUACUACAUUAGCUGGCUGUCUGGAAAAUGAGAAUCAAAAUGCCCAGAAGAUUGGAGCAGCUGCACUUUGGGCUCUGGUUUAUAAUUAUCAGAAGGCAAAAACAACUUUGAAAAAUCCAUCAAUAAAAAGAAGAGUGGAUGAAGCAUAUUGCUUAGCAAAGAAAACUGUCUCAGACUUAGAAGAAAACUCUCUAAAUGCAUACUACCUGAAAUGUCUUGAAAACCUCGUGCAGCUGCUCAACUCUUCCUGAGUACCAGGAGGUGCUCCACCCCAAAGCUGACAGCCACUCAAUAGGACUGAACAUGAGGCUGCUUUGUGUGGUCACUACCACCUGAAGACCUGUCUGCAGAGUCCUGAUCCCCUCUCUUCCCUAUAAGAAAUAGAACUGGAGACAUUGAAAGAAGUAGAAUUCGUAACAUUUCAACUCUGUCCAUUCAUCACAGCUCUCUGGAAGUAAUAACAGCUGACAGAAAACGGUGGGAUAAGACAUAGAAAGUUCUGGCAACAUAAACAUUUUUACCCUUUUCUAUGCAAUUUGCUUUGUAAAAAUUUUAUUUAACAAUUAUUUAAUAAAAUAAAAUUUUUUUUAGAAACUAAAAA